AUGAAGUUCCUGUUCUACACACAGGACCAGUUCUUCCAGGCUAACGAAGGAACCAAGUCUUGUGAGGAGAAGUUGUCGGUUCUACAAUUCGCCGGCAGUGGUCAACAAGUCCUCAACCUUGACAUUGGAAUGACCCAAGCUGGCUGCAUGCAGCGUUACGACUCCACCAUGGGGGACAGCGUCACCUGCAACGGCCGCGUCACCUUCAACGUCGAUCGUGGUAUGAUGUGGUACGUGGUGGCCAACCGGUGCGGCGCAAUGAACGGUAUCGCGGGCAUGGACACGUGGUACUACAUCGACAACACGGAGGAGAGGGAAGGGGAGACAACCCGGUACCCUGUCUUCCCAACAUAUUCCGGCCAAUCAAAGGCCACGUUCACGGCCUUGACCUUGAUUCCUUUCCUUGUGCUGAAACAGUGUUUAGCCUAGUGCAAGUUGAUCUUCUACAUGUAUUUGAGAGUGAACAUACUCCAAAUGUCUCUUCACAUUGAUCUGUUAUUGAUAUAUAAAGAGAGCUCCAAUCUGCUUAACCCAUCCAUGCAUGAGAACGAAGACAAUGGUUCCCUGAUUUCGUGAAACGUUUCUGAAGCUAAACAAUAAUUAAGCUGAAAGAGACCGAGUUAAUUUUGACAGGUACAUCAACUGGACAUUUUUAAUUUUCGAAGUAAAGAUCAUUUUGUACACAGGAUAAUAUUUAUGUUAAUGAAGGCCCUGCCCCUGGACUUUGAGUGAUAUGCAAUGAUAUAUAAUGAUAUAUAAUGAUAUAUAGUUAUGUACAUCCCACACCUUGUGUAUGCAAAUGUAGCUGAGAUGUUGCAGUGUGACGUCACCGUUGCCAUGGCGACUGACUGCUGAACAGUAUAUCUAAUACUCCGUAUUUCGUUCUUGUGGCUGUGCAUUCACGUCACGUAUUAGAACGAUAUAGUGUAAUACGCCAGUAAAUGAAAAUAAAAGCUAUUUUCCUUACAACUGUC